GGCGGCGGCGCGGGCCACCACGUGCGCCUGGAGGAGCGCUUCUCCGACGACCAGCUGGUGUCCAUGUCGGUGCGCGAGCUGAACCGGCAGCUCCGUGGCUUCAGCAAGGAGGAGGUCAUCCGGCUCAAGCAGAAGCGGCGCACGCUCAAGAACCGCGGCUACGCGCAGUCCUGCCGUUUCAAGCGGGUGCAGCAGCGGCACAUUCUGGAGAGCGAGAAGUGCCAACUCCAGAGCCAGGUGGAGCAGCUGAAGCUGGAGGUGGGGCGCCUGGCCAAAGAGCGGGACCUGUACAAGGAGAAAUACGAGAAGCUGCACGUCACAGUGGGUGGCUGUCGGCAGGACCACUCCCCAGCCUCCUAUAGAGCCGGCUCUGAGAUGAGGGCCAGGACAAAGCCGAGGUGUCCUCUGCCCCAGCCCGAGCACAAGGCCCUGGUCCUUGGAGUCACCGUGAGGGGCCCAGAUGCCCUCCAGGAUGGAGACCUCAUCCUCCACUGCCAGGUGCUGAAGGCUCCCUAG